AUAAGAACUUGUCAUACGAAAUCAAAACUAAAAACGUCAAAAUUCCAUCGUCAAGCACUGCAUUACAAAAGAUUUAUUUUAUUAUAAUAAACAAUGUCCAACGAUUGAUGGAUAAUCAAUCGGAGCUACAAGAAGAAUCGACGAACGAAGAAAGAAAACUAAUCAACACAAACCAGGAAGAUAAUGCUGGUCCCUCGGUGCCCACCCUACCUGGAGCAGUGCAAAGUCCAAAAACUAAAACAGGACUCUCCAAAUCUGAACACAGUAUACAUUUAAUAACAACUAAAGAUGUAACAGACGCUUUGAAAUCGCUAAAUCAGACGCCGCAAGGGAUUGUAAACUUAAAUUUCAAUGAACUUAAAAUUCCAAUUCUAGAAAAAGAUGUCGCUGCGACCGAUCCCACCACAUUGAUAGAUUUGAAAAAAUUCAUGGCUUCUUGUUUCAAAUUUAAUAAAGAAGGUAAUAAGGUGAUUAUUGAAACGCCGAAUGUCCACGCUGUAACAAUUACUAGUGAAAUUACAGAACCUAACUCAAGCAACGAUACUCAAACCGAAUCGAUACCAAACGAAGUAUUGAUCACUGCUCAGAUAGAAUCCAAGGUAUCUAAAGCAGUGGCGGAUCGAAAGAAGUCUGGAAGUCUCUCUGAAAGAUCCGAUUUAGCUUUGGUCCAACGAGAUUCGAUCUCCAGCAUUGGAUCAAACGUUUGUCGAAUAUGCAUGACCCGAGGCCGAGAGCGAUUAAUUUCGCCAUGUAACUGCAAAGGAUCGCUUGCAAACGUCCAUCUAAGUUGUCUAGAGCGAUGGUUGAACCAAGUAGGCAGGAAUCACUGCGAGCUCUGUGGAUUCAGUUAUCCGGCGAUACGCACGCCACGGUACACUGUGCUUCAAGCCCUACGCUUGUGGUUCGGGAACCCCCGUAACAGGAACCAUUUGCAGUCGGACUGCCUGAUAUUUUGGCUUCUAUCGACCGUGACCGCGGGCCUGCUGGCUGUAUGCAUCGUUGGCACACAAUACUUUGUGAUUGAAGGCAACAAAUUCGGUAAGAUAGACACCGGUGCUAGGAAAGAUGAAGGUAUAUCCCAUCGGAUAACGGAGACAGCCAUGGAUUUCUUCAUGGCCAUAGUGUUAUGUGGGUAUUCGGUGACUGUGUACCUCCUCUGGAAAGAUCAUUAUGUCAUGUGGAAUCGAUGGAGGCGAGCCAAUGUGAACGUGAGGUUACUUCUCACGCCGGAUUCGAACCCCGUACCGUUCGUGCCGCGGCCUAGAUAUAAUGUCGUUUAAUAUAUUUGUAUUUUUUU